UACAUCUCCCUCUUUCUCUCUCUUUCUCGCUUUCCUUAUAACUAUACUCCUAUAGCCAGCCAAACGCUCUUGCAGGAGCGAUAGUGAAAGAUAGAGAGAACCCUCUCCAUUUUUAUAUCAAGAAGCAACACUAGUUUGAAUUAUCAAUUAUGUCCAACAUGAUCAACCUCAUUCCACUAUCAUUCCUGUCAAAAAUGGGUGUGUAUGACAUUGAAAUACACGGUGCAAACGUCAAGGUAAGCGUAGUCGACAAUCUUGCUUUGGUUGAUGCUAAGAUAAACGAGUUAAAAUCUUCAUUACAAACUUCACAAAGGCAUGUUGUUGGGCUCGACAUUAAGUUUGCGCUAAGGAACGUUGACGAUGAAGAACUUUUUCCAGCUGAAGAUUAUUCACUUGAAGGCAAGAUUUUGCUUCUUUGUGUGGGGACUGAUUGCUUGAUGAUCCAAUUACCUGCCUCGAUGGAGGUAACUGAUACCCUCAGGCAGUUUCUGUCUGAUGAGACUAUUUGUUUUCUGGGUACCCAAAUGCAAGAGAACGUUGAAGAACUAGGCCGCCAUUAUUUUAGUAAACACACGCAAUGUGUGGAUUGUAAGACAGGUGUUGAAGUAGGCUAUUUGGCUGCUAAAAUUCUGAAGAAAGGCAAUGUUGUUAAGUAUGGAUUAUCGGAGUUGGCAGGCGAAGUUGGAAUGGACAUAAAGGAACCAAUUGGUGCAAAUCCUGACUGGCAUGCAGUAGCGUUCUCAAAUGAAGAGGUCAAGUAUGCAGUGCACAAUGCCUAUGCUUCUUAUGUUAUUGGGAAUAAGCUCCUGGAUAUGCUCUAAGCCUCUAAGGCCAUCUUGUUUAUGGGUUUGACUGCUUUGAUUCUGUGUUGUUAGUGUCCACAUUAGAGCUAUAUAUAUGUAUAUGCUAAUGCUACAUGUGAUUUGUGAUUUGUGUAUUUGAACUACUUUCAUGAAACUUCUGGUUGUGUUUGGUUUGUUGUAAA